AUGGCGACUUGGCUGGAUCUCGUCUCCGAUGGUGAGGGCUGGUCUCUCAUUGACACGGGAAGACUUCACGAAGUCGUCCAGGGCAUGACCCAUCCAAAAUCACAAUAUCCGUUGCUGUUAUACUUUGCGGGAAAUUCGAGUCGACUGAGGGCUUUGCGGGCUCUCUUUCCGCGCAAUAACGUCACACGCAAGGGCCCAGCAGGACUAGCACGUCUUCACCUCAGCACAGUUACGUCUAAAAAGGAACAACCAGUUAUAUUUGCCGAAACCGACAUUUUCACCCAAAAUGGAUUGGGGGAUACAGUUUUACCGAGAUAUCCAUUUACAGGUCUACGAAGAUUUCAGAUUCCCGUCCCAGAGAAAAGCGCGUCUAUAGCAGAAGUCAAAUGGCAGAUAAUUGGGAGAAAUAUCUUACCGUGGACACGAGUUUUCUGUCUCUUUGUAAACAGCACCUCAGAGAUGGAAACUGCGCAAAGCUUACUACAAGCUCCGCGUCGAAGGUUAACAGUCGGUAAUCAGCCUCUCCCUGAGAGUAUGCAUGUUAUCAUUGUCUUGACCGAAGACGAUGAUGGUCAUAAUUCAAAACCAAAUGACUGCUGUUUGAAAAUGGCAGAGGGCAGCCUUCAACCCAACCAAACUAUACUGGAUCUUCGACGUCGCUCUGGGCUAUCUGAAUUAGUGGUAUUCGAGCCCCUACGCCGUCUCAUUAUGGACCAAUUGUAUGAAAUGCAUACAAUAGAGCAAACCGGGCACAAUGUUCUCUUCUCGGCAAUGCACUUGAACGCGCUCUGGAGUGCGGGCUUGCAACUCCAAGAAUAUUGGCCAAAGCAGCGUGAUUUCGACUGUCUACGAAUUGCCCGUGAAAGCUUUCCUGAGGAUAUCGCAUUGUCCAAAUGCUUGGUAGAAUUGAAGAAAAAAAUAGAGAGCUCUCCAUGCCCAGAUUCCGAGCUCUACAAAUUUGUUGCUUCUGCGCUUCUGAUGGAUGCUUACCCGCCCGGAAUGCACAGGUUCCCACCGGAUCUGGUCUUUAAAGCUAACUAUGAAAAGCACUGCCUGGUCGCCUUCCCCGCUCUGGAGUCCACCGACCAUUGCCAGGGUAUUAUGAGCGAGUUCAGUCAAGAAUUUAAGAAACUGCGUCCGCAUCAUGCUUCCGCUGCCCUUCGGCUCAGGAGCCUAAGGGGCUUUCAUGCAGACUGGAGUGAUUUACGUUCCACCAAGACUUGCUUUGCUUGUUUGUGUCGACCGCCAGAGCACAUGAUGCCCUGUAAUCACGCGAUAUGCGAAAAUUGCACUGUGGUUUUUGGAGAACGCUGGGCAGAAGCAGAAUAUCAAACUUCUGUGGGGAUCCUUGCAAUAUUACAAUUCGGCAACUUCCGCCAACAAAACAACCUCCUGGAUGGGGGAGGGGUGCGGGGAAUUAUCCAACUUGGUUUACUGCGAGAAUUGGAAAGGCGUCUUGGCGGUAUCCCCCUAGCGCAGAUAGCUGACUUGUGUAGUGGGACAAGUGUUGGAGCAUUGUCUACAAUCGACAUGAUUCUUAAUGGCUCACCUGCAGCACUUAGCUUCUCGAGGUUCCCAGCGCUAGCUCAGGCGAUUUUCAAAUCUUCGUUCGGCGGUCAUAGCAGGUUUCCUAUGAUUCGUGGUAUACAGCUGGUAAUUCUAGCUACAAAAAUGCUAACGGGUGGCCAAUACGACUCAGCGAACUUGAUUGCCGUUCUGAAAGAAGCGUAUUUGAUGUCGCGACCACAAAAACGGCAGAUUGCAAAGUGGCUAUCAUCACAAGCCGAGCUUCGGACGGGAAAGCAUGUGUAUUCGGGAACUACAGGGGGCAAUCUCAACGUGCUGAAAAUUGUGCCUACGAAUUUUUACUUCCAGAGGACGAUCAACACAAUCCCUUCUUGUGGGAAGCAUGGUGGGGUGCGGGCUAACAACCCUCUCGCCAUUGCGUUGAAGGAGCCGAAUAAGAUUUGGCCUAAAGCCAAAAGUCAUGAUCUGCUUCUUUCAAUAGGAACUGGUGUGUCAUCGUCCGACUGCUAUUCUGUUCCUGACGCUCCAAAUGUCCUUCGUGAUGGUUCUAUUUUCAGGCUUAUUCGGGCAACCUUGUCUUCUCCUUGUAUGGAUGGAGAGCAGGGCUUUGCUGAAGCCCUCAAUUAUCUCCCAAGUGAUACUAAGUCUGACAUAUUUAGGCUCAAUCAGGUGAUAGACGAUCCGCUUCCCCGCCUGGACGAGGUUGAGAAAAUUGCACUAGAAACUACUCGAAGCCGCCUUCAGAAAUCGAAAGAACGAAAUCGGUUAUCAUUACCUCAUGUGAAAGAGGAAAAGCUGAAUCAAAGAAUCCAACAAGAAUCCGAAAAUGAUUUCUACCGUUCUUGUUUCGAAAAUUUUCGGGAUCUUGCCACUGCGGCAAUUGAAGCCAUAGACGAAUUAGAGCUACAGUAUCAUUUCGAGCCUGAGGCAGAACCGAUUGGUAACAAUAAUCUGCAAAAGUCUCUUGAUACUUUACGAACCAUUUUAGAAAACUCUAAAAAUCGUGAAGCCAAGGCCGAGCAUCAAUGGAAGCAGAAAUGGAAUAUCUCUCGAAUGUGUAAACCUGCAUGCAGAUGGCUCUGA